AUGUUUAGAAAAGACUGGGAACACAGUAAAGAUAAAGGACAGGGCGGUGGAGUGUUAUUGUACAUAAACGAAAAACUGACUGCACUGGAAAGAAAAAACCUGAAAAACGACAAAUUUAAAAUAAUUGUUUGGUGUGAUAUAAAGAACGAUACUGAAACACUGCGUGUAGGAGUAUGCUACAGAGUACCAGAUUCAACAAAAGAGAAUGACAGCGGAUUACGUGAACUGAUCAGAAAUGCCACAAAAGUGCCUUGCGUAAUAAUAGGAGACUUUAACCACCAUAUUGACUGGAAUCAUAGAGAAGGCAAAAAGCUGGCAGACGAACUGUUUCUGGACUGCAUAGACGAAAACUUCCUUACUCAGCAUGUGAUGGAGCUAACAAGGGGAGAAAAUAUAUUAGAUUUAAUAAUAUCAACAGAAGAGAACAUAAUAGAAGAAGUUAGGGAACUAAAGAAUGAAACCAGACUCUAA